AUGGCCUGCCGUCCCCCCGGCUCUAGCUCCUACACUGUGGUUAUCAUCCCGCUCAGGACCAGCCUCUACAGCCUGGACGCGCUUCGCUUCUACCUAUGGAUUAAGCGUUUGAAGGAUCUAGAGAAGGAGAAGGACGCUCUGUGCUCCGGUCUGGAGAUUCUGGAGAAGGCUCGCUUUUGGUACCUCCAGCGGCUGGAGGAGAACAGAGUCCGGCAGGACAACAUCGAGGCCACAAAUGUCUGCCAGGAAAGUGCAGCAGAGGUACAGUCUUGCCUCCUGAGGUCUCGUAUCCAGCGGGUGAACGGCUCUCUGGGCUCUGUGAUGGCUGAGCCCAAUGUCACCAGCACCAGCAACCCUUCUCUGCCUGACGCAGUGGCAGACAGUGACCUCCGGUGGCACAACACUGUACUGACUCGGGAGGUGAGUGACAAGAAUCGUCAAAUCUCCAUGUUAGAAUUGGAAAAAGACGCUCUUCUUGAACAGCUUGAUGAACUGCAGGCCCACUGACUGCCUAUAUACACAUAUGUACAGGCAGACACACAUGUGCUGCUCUGCCAACUCACAUUUCACUGAAUGUCACACAGUGGCUAACUUUUAACCACUUGUAAAUAUGUAUUUAAGAUAAUAAAUUGCAGUAAACAAUG